GGGGUGUGGAUAUCUAUUAAAAGAGAAGUGUUGGUGCCCGUUUGUUGGAACCCUGUAGAGACUCAACCAGGAUGCCAGAGCCAACUAAAAAAACAGUCUCAGCUUUCACCAAGAAACCAAAGACUCAGGCGGCUGAGAUUGGGGCAACGGUCAUAUUUGAAGCAGAGACUGAGAAGCCUGAUGUAAAAGUGAGAUGGCAGCGAGACUCCAAGGACAUUGCAUCCAGUUACAAAUACACCAUCUCAGCGGAGGGCAAUAUGCACUCUCUCACCAUAAACAAUAUAGUUCAGGAGGAUGCAGUGGGAUAUGCAGUUAUAGCUGGGGUGUCAAAGGUCAAAUUUGAAUUAAAGAUAAAAGAAUCAGAAGUGAAGGAACCACAGAAAGCUGUGUCUCCAGACCCUGCAGUUGCAGAACCUAAGCAUGAAGAACCUAAAGAGGCUACACCAACACCUACUGGAAGCUCAGCCCCGGACACCAGUGGAACCCUGUCAGAUGGCUCAGCACCUGAAGGUCUGCCUGAGAGUCAUCGGCCUGACACAAGGCAGGACCUCACUGGUCUCUUCACUGAAAAGCCUCAAAGUGGGGAGGUAAAUGUAGGUGAGAACAUUACUUUUGUUGCCCGGGUGUGUGGUGAAUCUCUGCUGAAGAAGCCCACAGUAAAAUGGUUCAAAGGAAAGUGGAUGGAUCUGGCCAGCAAGUCGGGAAAGCACCUGCAACUCAAAGAGCACUAUGACCGCAACUCUAAGGUGUACUCUUUUGAGAUGCAUAUCAUUGCAGCUAAAGCCAACUAUGCUGGAGCUUAUCGUUGUGAGGUCUCCUCUAGAGACAAGUUCGACAGCUGUAAUUUUGACCUGGUAGUACAUGAGGCUCGUACAACAGAUGGGCUUGAUAUUCGGACUGCAUUUAGACGCACUAGCACAGAAGCAAGUGAAGACUCAGGAGAACUGGACUUCAGUGCUUUACUGAAAAAGAGAGACAGUUUCUUAAAAACUGUCCCACGUGAAAGUCAAUGGAGUCUAUUGCUAUUUUGGACCCCACUGCAUUGUAUGGUUGAAAGACGUUUUCAGUCAUUUUCUUUCUUGUGGUACAGAGCUGUUCAUGUGAGCACAGAGCCUGAGGUAGAUGUAUGGGAAAUCCUCCAGAAGGCUCCACCAUCAGAGUAUGAAAAGAUUGCCUUCCAGUAUGGAAUCACAGACCUGCGGGGGAUGCUUAAGAGACUCAAAAAAAUGAAAAAAGAAGAGAAGAAAAGUGCAGCAUUUCUGAGGAAGCUGGACCCAGCCUACCAAGUCGAAAAGGGACACAAGAUCAAAAUGCAAGUUGAAGUGGCCAAUCCAGAUGCAGAGGUUAAAUGGCUAAAGAAUGGACAAGAGAUACACCCAACUGGAAGCAAGUACAUCUUUGAGAGCGUAGGCAACAAACGCUUCCUCACCAUCAACAACUGUACUCUGGCAGAUGAUGCUGCUUAUACGUGCAUGAUUGGAGAAGAGAAGACUGUCACUGAGCUCUUUGUUAAAGAGCCUCCCGUUCUGAUCCUACGUAACCUAGAGGAUCAGAUGGUCAUGAAGGGAGAACGAGUAGAGUUUGAGUGUGAAGUGUCUGAAGAGGGGGCUCAAGUCAAAUGGGAGAAAGAUGGAGUGGAACUUACCCGAGAUGAGUCCUUUAAAUAUCGCUUCAAGACAGAUGGAUGUAAGCAUGUCCUUAUCAUUAAUGAUGUGACCAAGGAGGACUGUGGCCACUACAGAGUGAAAACCAAUGGAGGGCAAUCUUUAGCAGAGCUCAUGGUUCAGGAGAAACAGCUAGAGGUCUAUCAAAACAUUGCUGACCUGACAGUGAAGGCCAAAGACCAGGCUGUGUUCAAAUGUGAAGUUUCUGAUGAGAAUGUAAAAGGCAUCUGGUACAAAAAUGGAGUGGAGGUGAAACCUGAUGCCAGAACUCUUAUCACACACAUUGGCAGGAUUCAUAAACUGACCAUUGAUGAUGUAAAGCCAGAGGAUGAGGCUGACUACACCUUCGUUCCUGAGGGCUAUGCCUUCAAUCUCUCUGCCAAGCUCAACUUUUUAGAGGUCAAGAUUGACUUCGUUCCUCGCCAAGAUCCUCCCAAGAUUCAUUUGGACUGCACGGGCCGCACCGCUGAGUCUACAAUCUUGGUUGUGGCUGGAAACAAACUGCGACUAGAUGUACCAAUUACUGGAGAUCCUGCCCCCACUGUGGUUUGGACAAAAGGAGAAAAGGGUAGCUUUAAGGAGGGAGAGUCGCGACCUGAACCAAGGCAUACAUGGACAGUGAAGAACGGUGAAGUGCUGACAGACUCAGAUGGGCGUGUCCAUGUGCAGAGUACCAAAGGCCAUUGUAUCUUUACCAUUGAGGGGGCGGAGCGUCAGGAUGAGGGCGUGUACUCUGUCAUUGUACGUAAUCCUGCUGGAGAGGAUACAGCUGACAUUAAUGUCAAAGUUGUUGAUGUGCCAGACCCACCUGCAGCUCCCAGAAUCCUUAGUGUCGGUGAAGAUUCAUGCGUUGUUCAAUGGGAUCCCCCACUCUUUGAUGGUGGCCAGCCAGUCAUAGGUUAUGUUCUUGAACGGAAGAAGAAAAAGAGCUAUAGAUGGAUGAGACUCAAUUUUGAUCCUCAUAAAGAGACCACAUAUGAAGCCAAAAGAAUGAUUGAGGGUGUAUCCUACGAAAUGCGUGUUUACGCAGUAAACGCCAUCGGCAUGUCACGCCCCAGUGCUGCCUCCCAGCCAUUUGUGCCAGUUGCUCCGACCAGCGAGCCCACUGGCCUGUGUGUGGAUGACAUCAGCGAUACCACCAUCUCUCUGAAAUGGAAACCUCCAGAGAGGAUGGGCUCAGCUGAACUCGAAGGCUAUGGGGUUGAAUACUGCAAAGAAGGCUCUGAUGAAUGGAUUCCUGCAUUGUCGGGUCUCACAGAAAAGACCUCUGUGGUCAUCUGUGACCUGCCAACUGGAGAGAAGAUGCAGUUCCGCGUGAGGGCUUAUAACAUGGCAGGCCCAAGCCUUCCUGCCACAUUGCAACAAGCAGUCACCAUCCGUGAAAUCAUGCAGCGACCCAAAAUCUGGCUACCCCGUAACCUCCGCCAGACACUCAUCAAGAAAGUAGGAGAAACGAUUAACCUGGUAAUCCCCUUCCAGGGUAAACCACGACCUCAAGUGACCUGGAUAAAGGACGAAGAGCCUCUGGACCCUAAGCAGGUCAGCAUACGAAACAGCGACACUGAUACCAUCCUCUUCAUCAGGAGAUCUGAGAGAAAGGAUUCUGGGAAGUAUGAAGUUCAAGUGCAAAUUGAGAAUGUGCAGGACAGGGCCAGUGUGAACAUACAGAUUGUUGACCUGCCAGGCCCACCCCAAAAUUUAAAGAUAAUAGAUGUUUGGGGCUUCAACGUUGCCCUGGAGUGGAAACCACCGAAGGAUAAUGGAAACUGUGACAUCACAGGCUACACCAUCCAGAAGGCUGAUAAGAAAACCCAGGAAUGGUACACCGUGUACGAGCAGUACCGGCGCACCAACUGUGUGGUCUCAGACCUGAUCAUGGGGAAUGAGUACAUGUUUCGUGUGUAUGCCAUGAAUAUGGUGGGUCUGAGUCCAGAGCUUUGCAUCUCCAAAGACAGCGCCUACAUCCAGAAAACAGGCAUUGUGUACAAGCCUCCUUCCUACAAAGAGCAUGAUUUCUCUGAGGCCCCCAAGUUCACACAUCCUCUCGCGAGUCGCUCAGUUAUUGCUGGAUACAAUGCUACACUCAGCUGCUCUGUAAGAGGCAUCCCAAAGCCUAAAAUCACAUGGUACAAAAACAAGAUGGACAUUACAAAUGAGGCCAAGUACCGUAUGUUCAGCAAUCAGGGUGUGCUGACUCUGGAGAUCCGUAAGCCGUGUCCGUUUGAUGGAGGUGUGUACACGUGUAAGGCAGUCAACGACAGCGGAGAAGACGUAGUAGAAUGCAAACUGGAAGUUCGCUCUAAACAGUGAGCUCGGGUUUGCUCUGUGUGAAAUGUGUCCAAGCUCAAGUCACAAAAGAAGACAUCAAGAAAUGAGAGAGACGUAAUGGCUUUGGAGAAACUGUGACACUUGUCCUCUUUCUGUCUUCUGUCCUGAAACUGAUCCCAUGACAUGUCCGUGAUCAAAUGACAGAGCAAAGAAAUCUAUCAGUGGUUUUCUUCAUUUGCUUGUGCUCCCCAUUUCUCACUCACAUCCCAUGGUCUGUGCUUAGGUGUGAUGUGCUUUUCUUUAUUGCUAGGUUUCAUUUUGUUUCAUUUCAUGUUGUAUUUACGAUCUAUGCUGUAGGGUCUAGUGCAUCAGUAUUUUCCUUCCACAUGUGAUGCUAUGCAAAACAUGCAAAAUAAAGUUGAGUUUUGUUGAUGCU